AUGAAAAAGAGAGAACUCAAAUUAGUUUUAAUUGGAGACAGUAAGAAAUUGAUUAACCUUAGGUGGCGUUGGGAAAUCAUCAUUUGUUUCAGCAUUAAUAAAUUAAAUAUAAAACAAAGCAUCUGUUUUAGAUAAACAUCCACCAAUCAAUUUACCUCCUGAUAUGCUCAACCACCCUGAAUGUAUAACUACUCUACUCGAUACAAAAUGUGCUCCACAUUAAUUACCCGAGGAGAUUUAGAUAGCUGAUGUGAUUCUCCUAAUGUAUGCAAUUGAUGAUGACGGAUCGAGUGAAAGACUGAAAAGAUUUUGGCUAAAAGAAUUAAGAGACAACGAAUACAAAUAGCCUGUAAUAAUAGUAGGAAACAAACUUGAUUUAUUGGGGUUGGAGGAGGAUCGAGAUUAUCAUAGGAUCUUCAAGGUAAUCAAGCAAUUAGUGAAGGAUUUCAACGUAUUAAAUUGAAUUAAUAUAGACAGUCGAAAUGGGAAUCGAGUGUUCAUCCAUAAAACAAUAAGGCAUCUAUGAUGUGAUAAAUUGUGCUUAGAGGUCAUUUCUCUAUCCAUUAGCUCCGAUCUACAGCAUAGCAGAUAAGUCAUUGACAGAAGGAUUUAAGAAGGCAUUGACAAGAAUAUUUAGGAUCUGCGAUAGGGAUGGAGAUGGAGUAUGGAAUGAUACAGAAUUGGAAAAAUUCUAAAAGAAAGUGUUUAAGAGAUAACUCGAUUAUAGUGACAUUGCUGGAAUAAAAGACAUGAUAGAAGAGGAAUUGCAUGACAACUCAAACAAAAAAGUGAUUACUUUAGAAGGAUUUAUAGCAUUGCAAAAAAGAGGGAUAGAACUAAUGAAGAUUCAAAUCUGUUGGACUAUUCUACGCUUUUUCAGAUACAAAGAUGACUUGACUUUGGAUGAGAAUAUUUUCACAAAUGAGUAUGAAUUUAAAUGGACAUUAGAUUAAUAUUUGAUUAGGAUGCAGGUCAAACUGUUGAAUUGAGUGAGAUUGCCUUAUCUAAAUUGAAGUAGAUAUUUGAAAUCAGAUGCAAUUCCACAUCUUAAUAAGGAAAUACUCUAAACCAGAAACAAUUUGAUGAUAUAUUUUACCCAGUGAUGUGUAGAACUAAUUUUCCUCAUCUUAGUCAAUAUUAUCCUUAGGAAUAAAAUGGUGUCACUUUAACUCAAUGGUUGGCAAUGUGGAAGUAUUCAAAUCAUGAUAUCCAAGUGCCUUUUCCUUCUUUAAUUACAAAGAAGCCUACAAGUUGUUGUGUUAUAUUGGAAUUGAAAUGAAAUUAUCAGACACCUUUAAGGAAUAGAAUCGGAAGGAUUCUUGGUCUUCCGUAUAAAAGAAUAUUGAUAGAAAAGUGUUCCAUAUUGCCAUCGUCACCAGAAAGAAGGUUGUAAAAUCUACCUUAUCUCUUAGAGUUCACUCGAAAAAUAGUUUGGCAAUCAGUCCCCCAUUAUCACUUCUAUUCAAAGCAAAACAUACGCCAUUAGUGUGUAUGAUGAAUUGGAGGCCGAAUAAUAAAUUGAAAAAAGACAAUUGAGCAUCAUAGACUUUUUACUUAUAGAAUAAAAUUGUCACUUUUAGACUGCCCAACUUAUUCCUAACUUGGUCUAUGAUGACAACUAGAAGUUCUGGACCUAAAUUGGCAGGGUUACAGAGAUCUUACAUCAACAGUAUUCACUUUCACUAUUCUUAUAGUCCAUUUGGUUAUUCUGAAUCUCAAAUGUAAUAAUUGAAAAAACAAAAUAGCCUGCCUAUUGUUGAAUUAGCUAGCGUAAUAACCCUCCUGGCAUUUAUGUUGACAGGAGGAUACUUGUUAGGUAAAAAGGUAUUGUAAAAGAAUAAAUGAAAUUAAUAAAAUAAUUACG